AUGACUGCGAAAGGAGACCGCGAGCCCUCGGUGGCACACAUCGAAGCGCUCGAGCGCAGCACGAAGACAUCGGAUCACGACAACUACAUCCCCAGCAAUGACGCCAACGAAGAGAUCGUCCGCCAUCUACAAACCACCGGUGAAGAUGUUGGCAUGACCUUUCGCACAUUGAUGGCCGCCGUGUCCAUGGCCAUGUGCUACAACGCCUACCUCUUUACCCUCCUCAUCCCACCAGCGAUUCUCACGUACAUCAAUGCCGAUCUCGGUCCGGAUCCUAGAUACACCUGGAUUACGAUAUCGUGGAACCUCGGCGGUGCCAUGUUUGUCACUGUUGGUGGACGACUUUCAGACAUUUUUGGCAGGCGAUGGUUCUUCAUUGCCGGAGCUAUCAUUCUCAUCAUCGGCAGUAUCGUUUCAGCAACCGGACAAAGCAUCAACCAGAUGAUCGCCGGUGGUGCCUUGUUUGGCUGCGGCUCCGGGUUCCUGGAAAUGGCAUUUGGUGCGGUCCAAGAGAUCGUGCCGAGCAAAUAUCGCCAUGUUACUAUUGGGCUGUUCGACGCUGCUUCCAUCAUAGCACAGAUCAUGCCUUUGGUCAGUUGGGUCAUCAUCAAGCAAACAGGCAACUGGCGCAUUUGCUACUAUGUCAUGAUAGGGUUCCAGGCUAUCAACCUUGUCCUUCUGUUCUUCUUCUACCACCCGCCAUCCUGGAAAGACAAGAAGGCUGAACAUGGAAAGACUGCUGGACAACUGUUACGCGAAUUUGACUGGUUGGGACUAUUCCUAUUCUUGGCCGGGUGUACACUUUUCAUCGUUGGUGUCAGCUGGGGUGGAUCUCAGGCUCCUUGGGUUUCUGCGACAGUUCUCGCGCCUAUCAUCAUCGGACUGGUGACCUUGAUCGGUCUGGGAUUCUACGAGGCCUACUAUAAUUUGACGGCACCACUAUUCCCUCCGCGUCUUUUCAGAGCACUGCGUCACUUCACUGUUCCGAUGCUGGUCAUGGCCAUAGGCGGGAUGCAAUACUACUCAAAUGCAACUCUAUGGCCACGCCUGUCCCAACUCAUCUACGCCACUGACGAGAUAUCCAAAGGCUUGUACGCCGAAGUCCUACCUCUCGGCACCAUAAUUGGCGGCAUCAUCGUGGCUUUUAGCAAAGUUAUCGGACACCAACGAUGGGUCAUCAUGUUUGCCGUUGCCCUACAGACAGCCUGCGUCGGCGCCAUGUCCACAUCUACAAUGGACAAUCCCGUCAAGUCGAUCAUUUUGACAGUCAUCAUCUCGACAUGUACCUCUGUCAACCUGUUGAACGGCAUGGUCUUGGUCGGCUUCGGGAUCGUUUACCAGGAAGAUAUAGGCACUGCAGCCGGUCUUGCAGGAACCUCUCGCUUGCUUGCCGGCGCCGUCGCUACCGCCAUCUUUGGAAACGUCACGAACAACAAGUACGGAGACGCCUUACCUGCGCGCGUUCGUGCCAAUCUUGCCCCCUUCAAUCUCUCCUCGGAUAUCGUCACUAGAUUGAUCACCGCGUCGAGAGCGAACACAGCUGCCGGGUACCAAGCUAUCCCAGGUAUAACUCCUGCUAUUCGAGCUGCAGCCAGUUUAGGGAAUAAGCAAGCAUACUUGGAGGGUGCGCAUUUGUCGUAUCUCGUGGCCUUAGCGUUCGGUCUGCUCGGAGUGGUCGCUGCCUUCUUCAUUCCGUCGGUAGACAAGAGAAAGUACACCAGUAAGACCGUUGCUGUACAGAGACGCGACAGGAAAGAGUUGCAGGAAAAGAAGGUCGCGGGGACUGUAGGGCCAUGA